UUCAGAUUCGCUCCCUUCGAACCGGCUGCCCAAAUUCAAGAGGGAGUUAAAACGGAGCGCUUUAGACAAACGAUUCAUUGCUGGCGAUGUUAUGGGUGCGACCGUUUUCUUAACAUGGAAUUUGCUUUAGCUGUAUAUAAUGAGAAAUCGCGCUAUAAUGCGGAGUUGGCUGAGCUGUUGAGAGGGCUGAGUCUCCCAUCACUGCGCUGUUAUCACCUCGCAUAAGAGCCAUUAUUCCAAUUAAUAAUAAUAAUAAUAAUAAUCUCAACGCUUUCAUCUUUACACGACUCAUCUACACGCCUGAUUAAUCUACACGUCUCAUACGCGCUCUAAAUGCACCGGUAAUUCUACUGGGACAGAGAUUGCAUUGCUUUUACCUCCUUAUUGUCUAUACGUGGAAAACGGCAUUGAUAAUGAGCGAACAGAGCAUUUGCCAGGCCCGGGCUUCUGUAAUGAUCUACGAUGAUACCAGCAAGAAGUGGGUGCCCAUCAAGCCAGGCCAGCAGGGCUUCAGUCGCAUCAACAUCUACCACAACACUGCUAACAACACUUUCCGAGUGGUCGGAGUCAAACUACAGGACCAGCAGGUUGUGAUAAACUACUCUAUAGUGAAGGGGUUGAAAUAUAACCAGGCCACUCCGACGUUCCAUCAGUGGCGUGAUGCCAGACAAGUUUACGGACUCAACUUUGCCAGCAAGGAGGAGGCCACCACUUUCUCCACUGCCAUGCUUUUUGCCCUCAAUGUGCUUAGCUCACAAGAUGCAGCAGGUCCAGCUGGUCAGCGGCAGAAUGGACCAGCGACGGAUGACACAGAAGCACAGAGGAGGCAGAUGAUGGAGCAACAUCAGAUGCAGAUUGAAAGGGAGCGACGGACAUCUGGCUCUGCAGUUUCCACCCUGCAGUUUAAAGUGUCUGCCUCUCAGUCCAACACCUCUCCAACAGAAUACAGGCAAUUUCGUGCCCACACGCUCCCCUCCCACACCCGCCUCGCCCCCUCCCCGCCUUCCUCCACCUGCUCCUCCUCUUCCUCACAGGAGCGAGAGAACAUCUCUCACACAAAGGACUCAUCUCAGAAAAAGGCUCAGCAGUUUUCACAGCUCUCCACCUCCCUGGCUUCUGCCUUCUCUCCUGUGCAGCCAGGGGGCACUCUGCCAUCUCGAAAUGUGCGUCAGAUCCCUCUCUCUCCCCCCACAAGCCGCCAGUCUGACUCCAAAGACACCAUCUGGACUUCUGCUUACAUCUAUUGCCCAAAUAGCGCUUCCCCCCAGCCAGUCAUACCUCUUAACCAGCUCAUACAUCAUGCAAACUCCAAUCAGUUUGAUGCUAACAGCCAGUUAGAGCAGUACUACCCCUUCCAAGCCCCUUUCUCCACAUCUGCCACUGGGCCUUCUCCUCUCCCACAAUACUGUAGUCCUGAUCUCUCGUACCUUUCCCACAGUAAAGACACCCCCCUUUCUGCUCACAGUGGUCCAUGUGUUCAAGGUCAUGCCCACCAGCCACAGUUUGCCUCCCCUUUUUGCCCUCAUCCUCCCAGUGAAAACAUGCCUUUCUCUUGUAGCUCAGUGUCACUCGAGACCACACCCCCUGCUGUUUCUCAGGCUGCCACAGCACCCAGCACAGGUCCUCCCAUCCCUCCUGGACAUCCCUCCAUGCUCUCCUCCACUCCCCCACUCCAUCCACCUGCUCCUGUUCCCAUGGCAGGUCCUCCAGCUCCUCCACCUCCGCCUGGACCUCCUCCCCCAGCUGCUGUACCUCCUCCUCACCCGCCUCCUCUCCCAGCUCCAUCAGGCUUGGCUGCUGCUCUGGCUGGAGCCAAACUGCGCAAGGUACAGCGGCCUGAGGAGAGCUCUGCAGGGCUGGGCAGUGCCAAGAAUGAUGCCAGCCGCUCCAGUGGGGGCAGUGGAGGAGGAGGAGAGGGCCUCAUGCAAGAAAUGAAUGCCCUUCUAGCACGAAGGAGGAAAGCUUCUGAAAAACCUGAAGACAGUCAAAAUGAAGAAUCCAACGGAUCUCCAGCCUCACGUGGCUCAGACGCUCUGAAGAAGCCAUGGGAGCGAGCUAAUUCUUCAGACAAAUCCUCUGCUGGAUCAAGGUUGAGAACUGUCGGCAGCACCGCUGAUGGAGAAUCAGGAGACUUUGACCGAAUGAAACAGGAGAUCUUGGAGGAAGUUGUACGUGAACUGCAUAAAGUCAAAGAUGAGAUAAUAGAUGCCAUUAGAAGAGAACUCACUAGGAUGGGUGCUACAUAGUGAUUUGAAGCAUGAUAACACCACCAGGAGGCUCUUGGGGAAAGUACGGAAAGGAUCCUGUGGCGCUGUGGAGGAAAGGUCUUGCAACAUAGCUGCAACGGCAUGGAAAAUGUUGGAUCAACUCGGAGCAUUACAGAAAGAAGCACGAGAAAGAUGCGAAGAGGAAGUGAGUGAGAGUUUGUUUGCAUGUGUUGAUGGAUGGAUGGAUGGAUGGAUGAAUGGACCUUCACACUGAAUUUUCUAUUUCCUCCUGUAUAAACAUUAAAAGACUCAGCCCACUGUGCAGUUUGCUGCUCCCAGUCUUUCAAGUCUUAAAGUAAAAUUCGACUAGGUGGACCUUGAUGAAGAUAUUUUCAUUUUAUACUGUUUUGUUGUUUGAUUACUGUUAUUGUAAAAGUAAUUUUAUUAUCAGUGGUGUCAGGCAGAGAACUAGAAACACAACAAUGCUCACAUUUUGUCAGUGUUUUCAAUGUUAUCUUCAUACUUUUUUUGGUUUUUGAUAAGCACAUUCAGCACACUUUUCGCUGGUCUGUCACCAUCCUGCAUUACAGUUUUACUCAUUUUUUUUCCUGCCAAAACAGAUGUUCACUGGAUUUUUUUUUAGCUUGAAUUUGAAUUGGUAGUGUGACGUUAUUGAUGAUGGUCUUAUGAGAGAUGUAUCUGUAGCUAUAGCCCUGUGAAAAGGCAGUUUGUGAACUCUCCUCAUUUGGUUUGAAAGAGAAUUGGUUCAUAAUAUUGGAUCCUAAAUUAUUCGAAUGAUUAACCUAUCCUACUGGGUUAAUCCUCCUAAAAGUUAACAUUAAAAUGACCUUUGAAUAAAACACUGAAUCUAUAAGUU